AUGCCUAUCAUAGAAGAGAUAUCCAAGGGACCAGAAGUGGGGACUAUCGACGCAUUCGAUGAAGCGAUCGAACUCCUGUCGAAGGAUCUGCCUAUUCCAACCGAAUUCAUGGCAGACGAUGUCCCUACCGACCCGGAGAAAGUGGCGAAGCUCAAGGAGUGGAAGAAUGCGACUGAGAUGCAUUUGUACAAGCUGCAAGAGUAUCUUCGUACGAAACCGGAGCUGGAGCUGGAGCAGCGAACACGGGUCGUCAUCUCUGCUGGGUUGUUACGUGGUGAGGACAGCUUCUCGACAUCGACGAUGCAGCU